CAAACAAUCUGUCAGGCAUUUGGUAUGUUCUGGGGGCUGUUUUGCAGCCUAGUUUGGUUUUGGUUUUGUUGUUGUUGUUUUUUUCCCAGCAGUAAUUGGCAGCAUCACAAAAUGCAUUUCUCCCCCUUAAAUGCUUUGCCUCAUUUUGAAUCCCAGACAGCGGUGGCUGUAGCCACCCGAAUUCCAGCCCAAGCACAUCAGCCUGAGCUUAGGACCCAGAGCCCUGUUUUAGGCUUACGGGAUGUGACAGCUGAUGGAAAAUCAAUGAAGUGUGCUUUACGGAGCGUCAUAAUGAUGCAAGAUGAGGCUCAAAAGGUGCCUGCUUGCCUUGCAGGCUCGGCUGUCUGCCUUAGGUUUUAACCAGAUUAUUGUAGCCCCCUACUAGGACAAGAUCAAUUUGCCUAUGAAAAGAAAGGACUAUAUUUAAAGGAAAAGCUACAGCUGUGCCCAUGCUUUGUCUGAUGCUCUGUGCGCUGUGUUGGAGCCGAUCAGAUGUGGCUGCCCUUGGUUCAGUUGCAGAGAAUGAGGAUGCGCUCCUGAGGCACUUAUUUCAAGGCUAUCAGAAAUGGGUCCGCCCUGUGGAAAACUCCAAUGACACCAUCAAAGUCCUCUUUGGGUUAAAGAUAUCACAGCUUGUGGACGUGGAUGAGAAGAACCAGCUGAUGACGACCAACGUGUGGCUGAAGCAGGAAUGGAUGGACCACAAGCUCUCCUGGAAUCCAGACGAAUAUGGUGGGAUCACUGCUAUCCGUGUCCCUUCUGAGUCCCUGUGGCUUCCUGACAUUGUUCUGUUUGAAAAUGCUGAUGGACGUUUUGAAGGGUCCCUGAUGACCAAAGCCAUAGUGAAAUACAAUGGAGUGGUGACCUGGAUGCCACCAGCCAGCUACAAGAGCUCCUGCACGAUGGAUGUAACCUUCUUCCCAUUCGACAGGCAGAACUGCUCCAUGAAAUUUGGGUCAUGGACAUACGAUGGCAGUAUGGUGGACUUGAUUCUCGUGGAUGAAAAUGUAGACAGGAAAGAUUUUUUUGAUAACGGGGAGUGGGAGAUCUUAAAUGCCAAAGGUAUGAAAGGCAACAGGAAGGAUGGGCUGUACUCUUACCCAUUUGUCACCUAUUCCUUUGUGUUGAGACGCCUUCCACUGUUCUACACUCUUUUCUUAAUAAUCCCUUGCCUGGGAUUGUCUUUUCUAACUGUCCUGGUGUUUUACCUGCCUUCAGAUGAAGGAGAAAAGCUCUCAUUGUCCACUUCAGUUCUAGUCUCCCUCACUGUUUUCCUUUUAGUGAUUGAGGAAAUAAUCCCUUCUUCUUCCAAAGUCAUCCCUCUGAUUGGUGAGUAUCUGCUGUUCAUCAUGAUUUUUGUGACCCUCUCUAUCAUUGUGACUGUCUUUGUCAUCAACGUCCACCACCGCUCCUCAGCAACUUAUCACCCUAUGGCUCCCUGGGUUAAAAGACUCUUCCUCCAGAAGCUGCCUCGGCUGCUCUGCAUGAAGGGACAUGUAGACCGUUAUUCCUUCUCGGACACUGAGGAAAAGGAAACCACCUUGAAAUUAAAACUCUCAGGAAAGCAGAAACACAAGCGCAAAGAUGGAGAGAAGAUCGUGAUUGCCUUUCUGGAAAAGGCAGCUGAUUCCAUUCGGUACAUUUCCAGGCACGUUAAAAAGGAGCACUUCAUCAGGCAGGUUGUCCAAGACUGGAAAUUUGUAGCUCAAGUCCUGGAUCGGAUCUUCCUGUGGUUAUUCCUGGUGGUGUCAGUGACAGGCUCAGUUCUUAUCUUCACCCCUGCAUUACAGAUGUGGCUGAACAGCACUCUGUAGAAAAUGCUCCUAUGCUAACACACAAGAAGCCCAGUGAUGUGGGAUAGUGAUGCCUUUGAGAUUGGUCUCUCUUCUACAGGAUGGGAAGCAAUGCAGGAGUGAGAGGAGGUGAUGUCAGCAACAGGCAUUGGCUACUGCUUCCUUCACAUGGCUCUGACUGUUACAGCCUUGGUGGAGACUGGAAAAGGGCGCGGUGAAUGGUUGAAUCCAAAAGUGAAUUGGGGAUGCAUAAAUGAGUUACAAGUAUUUUACUAGUAGUUUGGUUAUAAUACAAGAUGAGCCAGGAUUAUUAGUUAUACUUGGGGAUAGUAGUUCUGGCACAACCAUUAUGUUUUACAGAUGUGUCAGUUAAAAUACUACUUAAUUAAAUAAAUUAGAUUGUAGUAG